AUGGGGGAUGACUUUGAUUGUCAUUCUUGCAAGGAUUCCCUCCUUGGCAAGAAAUACAUCUUGCGAGAGAGCAACCAGUAUUGUACCAAGUGCUAUGACAAUCUCUACUCCAAUACAUGUGAAGACUGCAAGAAACUAAUUGGGAGUGAUUGCAAGGAUUUGUCCUACAAGGAUCUUCACUGGCAUGAACAGUGCUUCAAGUGUGCCAAGUGUGGACACUCUCUUGCGGAGAAACCUUUUUCUACCAAGGAAGAUAGCCUCCUGUGCAUGGAAUGCUAUUCUGAUGAGUACUCUUCAAAAUGUUUCACCUGCAAAAAGACCAUCAUGCCUGGGUCUCGUAAAGUGGAAUACAAGGGAAACAUCUGGCAUGAAGCAUGCUUUGUCUGUGAACGCUGCCGGCAGUCAAUAGGAACCAGGACUUUUAUUACUAAGGAAAAUAAUAGCUACUGCGUAUCCUGCUAUGAGAAGCAGUUUGCACACUCCUGCUCGUCCUGCAAGAAGCCAAUAAUGACUGGAGGUGUGAGUUACCAUGACCGCCCAUGGCACAGGAAAUGCCUGCUGUGUACUGGAUGCAAAAUGCAGCUGGCGGGGAACCGCUUCACCUCAAGGGAUGACUUCCCUUAUUGCCUGGAUUGUUUCACCAAACUCUACACCAAGAAGUGCGUUGCCUGUUCCCAAGCAAUUGCUGGUCUUGGAACCUCAAAGUACAUCUCAUUUGAGAACUGCCAAUGUCACAAUAACUGCUCCAAAUGCAAGAACUGUGCCAGUUCCUUGGUUUGCUCUGGAUUUCUCUCAAAGCAUGGUGAAGUCGUUUGUCCUGCAUGUGGUCGAGACAUUUAG